AUGGCGUUCGUUUCCCGCGUUUUUCGUCGCGCGUCAACAUUUUACUGUCAAAAACGCUUCGAAACAACUGUGGCUAGUCUGACUAAGGACGAGAUCUUGAUCCUUUUACGACCACCGUUUACAAAUUGGAGCAAUGCCAUCCGGGAGGCGGAGAAAGUGGUCGGGUAUCCGACAUCUUUCAUGAAUUUAAGGUGUCUCCUGAGCGAUGAGUUUGCCAAUCUGGCGUUGUAUUUGCGAAAAUUGGUUGGCAGCAACCACCUAGUAAUGCAAACGGCCAAAAACGUUCUCUACGGCGACUCUAAAAACCUUCAGCCGUGGGGUCUCAUUAUCCUGCUCUUGUCGAAAUCGGUGAAGAUCAGAUCAACGCAGACGAAGAUGAUUGAGGAACAACAGAGGCAAUUGGCGGAGUUGACUGAAAUGAUGCGGACUGGUCAUCUUAUACAUAGAGGAAUCGUCAAUGUUCCCUUCGCGAAGAGAUCAAAGAACACAGAAUCCGCCAUAUUCGGCAACAAAAUAGCCAUCCUCCUCGGAGACUACCUCCUUGUUACAGCCAACGCGAUGCUGGCCGGUCUCAAGAACGCUGAUGUCUUAUACAUUGUAUCGACGGCAUUGAGAGACCUCUCUGAAGCGGAAUUCUUCGGCGAUAGGGACGAGCAGAACAUGCCUUUGCCGGGGAAACCGAAAAUCUGCAAGGACGAAAGCAUAACAUUUGACACGACGUCCAUAGAGGUCGACGACGUGCUCGGUAAGCCGAGGAAAGAGUGGACGGCGCGCACAGUUUUCAACGGCGUCAGUCUGCUAGGACGAGGCUGUCAAUCCGCCAUGAUACUGGGCAAGCAGAACCGAGAGACGCAGAGCAACGCUUAUAACUUCGGCUGUCAUGUUGGCUUAGCCUGGCAGGCUGCUACGGAACUACAGGUCUUACAGUCAGACAACAAGGACAGAUUUUGCUUAGCCAGUGCACCGGUUUUGUUCGCGUUAGAAGAAAACCCCGAGUUGUAUAAGAUCAUCGAUCAAGCGAAGAACGACGUGAAGGAUGUCGAUUACGAAGAUCUGAAAUUCAAUAUCUUGAAAACGGACGCCGUGGACAAGACUAAAAUGCUGUAUGACGACCAUUCGAAGAGGGCGACGGCGUAUAUACAGAAUAUUGCCAGAAACGACACGGUGGACAUGAUCAAGAAAUUAAUUAAUACGUUUUAA